AUGGAGAGCCAAUGCAGUGUCGGGGGUAUCACCUUCGGAACCGGCUACAGCGUAUUCAGAAGUAUACUUCCUGCAAUCGAGCAAGCUACGGAGAGCGUGACGCUAGUAACCUGCUUCUGGGCUGCAUCACCAACACGAGAUGCRCUCAAUGAGAGCCUCCUUAUUCUCAGCGACAAGGCCCUUCAAAGGGGCAAGAAGGCGAGAGUGCGGAUUUGCUUCUCCUCCUCAUCAUUCUUCCAGAAGCUGUUCCAUACCUCCUCUCCGGAUGGGAAGACGUACCCGCCAUCAGUAUGGCAUUCCAAGCUAGGCUUGCCUGAGCACGGACUUGAAGGGCUGGAUCUUGAAGUAAAGAGCAUCUUCUUUUUACCUUUCAGCGUAUGGCAUCCUAAAUUUGUGAUCAUCGACGACAAUGAGGUCUUUUUGCCAAGCUGCAACGUAUCCUGGGAGGACUGGUUCGAAGGGUGUGUAAGAUUGAACGGGGCUGUUGUUGAGCACUUCAUCACCUUCUGGAAACUACAUUGGGCCGGCAGUUCGGAAAGACAUCCAAAUCCUCCCCUGAAUUCCACAUCGCCAGGGUCAUCUUACAAUGAUACUAGCUUCGAGAACGUUGCCGGCAAGUUCUUGCCCUCGCUGCACCAUCGUGACCCGAGCUUUCGAUGGCCAUGGCAGGCUUGCGCACCGCCGCCGCAGACUCCCCUGAAUGUGGAAUUGCUGAGGUUAUUUGCGACAGCGGACAAGGAGAUUCGCAUUCAAAGUCCUAAUCUAACGUGUGCGGCAGUAUUGGAUGCGCUUGAGGAUGCGUUAAAGAGGGGGGUCGGCGUGAAAGUCGUUACUAGCGAGAGACUCAUGAUAUUGGAGCAGCUCGUCACAGCCGGGACUACGACAUCCAUGUGCAUCAAACGACUGAUUAGCAAGCAUCAACAGAUGCUGCAGAUCCCGUGGGAUGUAGAAGCUGGAGGCCCACGACCUGGUCGACUUGCUAUUUCCUACUAUGAACCUAGAGCCGAGGCCAUGCGUGAGACACCCGAACCUGUGCAGUCUCAUCUCAAGCUCACAAUGAUCGAUGAGACUACUCUUGUUCUGGGCUCGGGGAAUAUGGACAGGGCCUCGUGGUUCACCAGUCAGGAGCUUGGAGUUGCAUUCUACUCGACCGAGCUAGCUCUUGAGGUCUCUCGCCUUCUAUCGGUUGAGCUAAAGGGGCGAACGAAACUCGUGUACGACAGCAGCGAGAUCUGA